AUGAGCGAGGCUCUUGCGAACGGUCUCGCCGCGCCGUACUAUCCAGCCUCGCAUCCUAGCAUGUUUCAGCCUCAACGUGGGUACCCUGGAGAGCCUCUGAGACCAACUCCACAAUACGCGUACGGAUACGGUGGCACCCCUAUCACUUCUGGCCAUCCUUCGCCGAUGGUCCGAUCGCCAUCGGGCUCAUCAUCAAUCGCUUCUUCGAGCGCCACGUCCAAUGCCAUUAGACCGAUCCUGUUCAACCCCGAAGCGCGCUUCUUCCUUCCCGGGACGGCGGCGUCUACCUAUGGGAACCUUGCAUCACCCGCAGAAUCCGUUCAAUCGUCUUCGUAUGCUCCAUCAAUGUCUCCACUCGCUUCUCCCUUUCCUUCGAACGCGUUUAACCGACCCCUCUCGAGGAACCAAGGCGGAGAUGAAGGCGAUGGUGUUUACUUUGGCGUUCAACCUUCUGGACUGCCCAGGAGCCGUAUAGGUCACGCAAACACGCCUUCGUUUCAUCCCGUCAGCUUCCAGCCGCGCCAGCAGCCACCACAGCACGGCAAAUCGUAUCCGAAACAAGGCAGCACGUCCUUGAGGCCUGGUGGGGCCGGACCACAGCGGGCGCAUGGUCGGGCUGUGAGCGUCAGUCCAAGCGCGAAUUCGACAGCUUCGGGAUCUGAGAAGAAGAAGAAGGCUGUCCACGUCCGAGUCCCCAAUGAGAAUGGUCUAGAGGAGGGGUCGUCGAGUGUCGGCAUUUCGAAGAAGGCGAACGAGGGCGGCAAUGCGGCGCCGCAAGACAAAAAAAAGGCUAGUAUCUUCGUGCGCAGACCCAUACAGGGCGAGGAGAAGCGUUUGAUGCUUGUGGAACUUGGGUUCGACAUCGAUCUCCUUGCUGAAGAUGUCACCUCACGUCACGUGCAUUUUGACGAAGUUCGCAUCAACUCGCUCCCGCCCACGAUCGAAAUCUUUUUACCCGGCCAGGAUGCAUGGCAGGAUGUACGGGAGCACAUUGGCAUACCAGUGGUAAGUCAAACAGCCCAGCUUCAUGUUGUUUUUGGGGCCAAAUUUACUCAACGUGAUCUUGUUGCUAUCAUCAGUCACCCCAAUCACCGUCGCAAGGUCGCUCACCUCUCUUGUCGGGCCGUUUCGGCUCUUUCCUCGAUCGCAUCCCCAGCGCGUUCUCUCCUGGAGGACAUCAGCGUUCGAACUCACUCUUCAACAAUCGGCCAUCCUUUCCUCCACGAUUCCAAAACGCCAUCGAAUCGUUAACGCGCCACGCUUCAUCACAGUCCGUCUCCCGCGGGUUCACAAUCCCUCAUUGGGCGCAGUCGCUCGCGGCAACAGCUCCCAAAGUUUUGGACCAGCUCGAACGGGGAAUGAGACCCGGCAUCACGGGCGAGCCACAAUCACCGAUCGAUCAAAACACAAAGUCGUUUGAAGCGAGUCGUCCAAACGAUGGAGAUUUCGCGCGGGACAUUAGGGCAGGAAGCUCGGGGAGCGGCCUCACUGACACACUCGGAGAACUUGAGACCGACCGGAAUCCACGACAGUCCUCCGUAUCUACCCUUCAAGCUGGAGUAACACCAAAGCUGUCGACUGACACGUCCAUCGCUACGCCCAAGUCUCAAGGCUUAGUCAUUUUCGAAGCUCCGCCGGACGUCGACCGCACUCCGCCUUCCGCCUCACCGCUGGCCGUCCCCAAAGGUGUCCACAGCCUCACGCCUCACAAGGUGACCCACAAUUUCUCCUUUCCACCUCGGGGUAUUCAAGGGGACAAAUUGGCUCCGGCUCAGCCCUACAACGCAGUCUUUGCUUCACAAGAUGUUCCCGUGGCGACGCAGGAAUCCGUACCGGCGAAGAAGUCGUCGCUGAAUAUCGCCGCUCCCGAGUUCGUCUUUGGCGCUUCUGCCGCUUCUGCCCUAUUCGCCUCGCAAGCUCGCCAACCUGGAUUGCAACUUGGCGAGAUAUUUGGUGAGCCAGGUACUCCCGGCUCACUUGCCGCGACCGACGAAUACGGCGUCGUGCAAGCACAGCCACCACUGUCGACUUUGUCGGCAGCCUCUCUGAAUCCUCUGGCCGGCACUUUCCAACCGACGUCUUCUCUGGGUCUUAGCUACAUUGGCCAAUCCCAUGCGUUUAAUUUUCAGCCUCCUGCCCAUGCACCUCAAUAUACGACCCUAGCCCAGGAACCCACCUCGUUACCGACUCGCCACACCCCGGCCGACUCUGCUGACGGACCUGCGAUCGAAGUGAUUCAACCGACUCCCCUUCGGCCCGUCUCCGCUUCUAUGGCUUCAGUCAUCACCCACACCAAACGGCAGAAGCUCAAUAACGGUUCCGGAGAGACCUUGCAGAGAACCAAAAGCCACUUGGAGCUACGGUCACCGUUCUCAAAGAACCCCACUCUCGCCGAAGUCGAUCGCGAGCAUGAUGCCGAUGCGCCCCUCAUGUCACCGUCUCCGACUCGCAAUCCCGCUUCUCAGUACUUAUUGCACAUAUCUGACAGUGUGGACCAUUUGGUCAAGUCGGAAUCCGAGUCGACGCUGCCGCAUUCCUCCACGCUUCGUACUGCUGCGUCGUUCAGCGCAGAGCGUCCUUCAGCUGUUGUGGACGUGCGCGCAUCAAGCGCUCCUCUCGUUCUCGCGACGCAUCCUAGCCGACGUCAUGAAGCGGACACGAGUGGUGCUCCCGAGUUCGGGGUGGCAAUACAUGUGGACGCAGCUGUUCCUUUUUCAGCCUUAGACCCGCAAGCGGAACACCCGUGGGAACGAGGUAGAGAACAAAUGAUCCCUCAUGAUCAAGUAGGUUUCCGAGGAGCAGCAGGCUCCCAAGAUUCUCCCGUUCACAAAUCUAUUUGGCUCACUCCCAGAUCGGACAGGCACAAGAAGAUGCCUUCUCGGUUGUAUCGGAAGACUCGUCUCUGGAACUUGAAUCGACUUUGGACGACACCGAUCUCGAAAGCGAACUUGGCGAGAGUCCACUUCAGAUCCUCGAGAACCUGCUCGCCGGUUACUUCAGUGCGUUGCAGUCGGCCCUUGCGAAGAAGGUCGCCGAAAGAGCCAAAUCCGAGCUUGAGGAUCGCGAUGGCCUAUUGGGCGAUCUAAUCGGUCGCGUUGUCGCCUCGAUUGCCGACGCCCGGAUCGUAGGUGCAGACAACAUCGAGAAACAACUGACGAAACUUCACGAGGCACUCGAAGAUGGUCAACGACUUACCCGAGACUCUCUUGGAUCUGCGGUGCAACAAUGGCUCGAAGAGGGCCGAGGUUUCGACUCGAGACCUUCGCCAGCUCCACUCACGCCCGAGCUGGUCUCCUCGCUGCGAGACGACGUCGUGAACGCCGUGGCCAAGCUCUUGAAUGAGCGAAGUCUUACCGUCGACCGCACAGCCCUCCCCACCGGUGUCACAUCACGAGAGAUCACCAAAGCGGUCGAGAUGGCAACGCAACCCCUCCACAAGGCUUUCGCCGCUUCCCGUCGUACCGAUUCGAUCAUCGAGACUCCGCUGCCUGGAGAAACAGCAGGCUUUGCGCAGCAUAUCUCUGACAAGGUCGAAAGUUCCACCGCGCUGCUCAAGAAUGCUGUCUCGUUACUAGACGACCUCAAGAACUCGACCGCUAGCUCGGCUGAUGUCGAUUCGUUGUUCGAGCGCAUUGCGUCUCUACGAUCCUCGUCGGCCACCGUGGCCGCAGGGGGCUCAUUCGAUGUUCACAGUGUGUCAUCCCAGCUCGUCUCGGACUUGCAACCCCGCUUGGACGACCUUGCGCAAGAGGUCAAGCUUUCAACCAUCGCGUCAUCCUUUGAUAUCGACGUCCUCAUCGAGAGGAUUGCUGCAGAGAUCCGAUCGGCUCAACCGAGAGAUGUGUGGUCCAAGUCCCUCGAAGCUCUGGUGGAGGCUCAUCAGAAACUCGAGCGCGACGGCUCAGAGAUUGGUGCGAAUCAGCAGUCGUUGCUUCUUGCGUUCAAGUCACUCGAGGCGUAUUUGUCGCAACAACUCCAACAACUUGGAGAUAGAGUAGAGUCCCAAGUCAAGAACGUCGUGCUCAGCACUGAUGCCGUGGCCAACGUGGCGGACCUCGAGUUGCAGCUGGCGAAAGCACGCAGCGAUUACGGCAAAGCUCGAUCCGAGAAGGCGACGAUGAUGGAGCGGUUCGAGCUAGAACGUGGGACCUGGAUAUCCCGGAUCGACGAGCUCAAGGCCGAGAUUGAUCGAAGGAAGGAUGUUGAUCGAGUGGUCGACGAGGAGAAAGCGAUGCUGACUGCGGCGAUCGGUCGACUGGAGCAAGCCCUGGUCUCGUCGACGUCUCAUUCUGCUCAGCUCGAAACCGCACUCGCGUCCCUCACGUUACGUCAAGAUUCAGAUAGGCUCGAUGAAGUCGAACACAGACAAGCGCUGUCAUUGAUGCGAGACGAGCUCGAUCGAACCAAAGCCGGCGCCGAGCUCUCAGCAACGGAAGUCCGCUUGCUGCUCGCAGAGAAUAGUCGCCUCACGGCCGAGCUCGGUGAGCUGCGAGAAGCGCACGAGAAGCUCUCGAACCAGAAGCAUGAGGAUGAUCAACAUAGGCGAGUCGAACGUGAAGCAACGGCGAAACUCUCGGGGGAGGUCGGUGCUCUGGAGAAGCGAAUCGCUGUACAGGUCAGUGGAAUUAUGUUGACUUCUUUGAAUGAUUCACGCUGACUCGCUCCGAAUACUCUCCUUAAACGAUUAGGACGACAAGAUUGUGUCGUUGCAGCUGCUCAAAUCGAAGCAGCAGCAAGCACUGGCCCAGGCGAACCAACGCGCCGUCGAUCUGAGGAAACGAGCUGCCGAGGUGGGCACCGCCGAAGCCCGUAUUGCCGACCUCGAAGCGGCCAAGACCUCCCUUGAAGAACGCCUGGCAGCCAGCGAAGCCGUCAGGGAGCUUCUUACGCGCGACUCGACCGAGUAUCGCCGUACGACCGAGAAUGAACUCGAGGCCGUGCGGGAGACCGUCACGCGCGAGUUUGAGGGCAAGGAUGCUCGUAUUCGCACGCUCGAACAGGAGCGCAACGAGCUGUCACAGGACAAUGAGCGGUUGGAGACACUCAAUCUUGAGUUAUCGGAUGCUUUGCGUAUGGGUUCGAUGCGAUCGUCGUCAUCGGUGUCCAGAUCGGCGACGCCUUCUCGUUCGGCAGCACAGAACUUUAUGUCUUAUGCGGCUGGAGCUCAGCAUUACCCGUCCCCCGACACACUGAAGCCACAGCGGACAGGCAGCUCGACCGCGACGAUCAGAACUGCAACAGAUCGUCGCACUUCAAACUCACCUACGCCAAGUACUUUGGAGGGUCGUGCCUUGGUCGUUGACGAGUCCGGUUGGUGGAGCGCUGAGUAA